UACUGAGCAUUGCAGUCUCUUUUCGUAUAUAUGACACUCUGUUAGACAUUUAUAUAGUUUUCGCCUGGUCGAAUUUUGGAAUAUUGGUUUUGUGAACUAGAUUGAUUGAUUCUCUUAUCGUUUAAUUAAAAUUGGUCAUAGAUUCUUUAAAAAUUGAUAAAGUAAAGAAAAAAAGAAUAAGAAUGGUGCGAGGAGGAAUUCGUGGUGGCCGUCCUAUGCGGGGUCCAAUGAGACCUCCAUUUAAGAAGACUUUUGUACCGCGGCAUCCAUUUGAUUUAACGUUAGCAGACGUUGUAUUUCCCAAAGUCUCCCCGGCUGUCGACGAUGCUGCUCUAACCGCAGCAUUGUUAAAACGAAACCAAGACCUUAGUCCUACACCUGCAGAACAAACUUCUGUGGGCAAUCUGGUAUCUAAGGUGCAAGCUGUUUUGGAUAACUUGAUUGUGGCUCCAGGUGAUUUCGAUAAAUGUCAACUUGAGGAAGUACGCCAAGUUGGUUCAUUCAAAAAGGGAACGAUGUUGACUGGAAAUAAUGUGGCCGAUAUAGUUGUAAUAAUGAAGUCUGUGCCUACUAAAGAAGCAUGUGAAGAGUUGGGAAAAAAAGUCGAGAAUGAUCUUAAAAACUCCAUGAAAACUGAGGUUUUAACUAAAGCAGAUAAAAUCGUUACAACCCAUCACGAUCGCGGCUUUGAUAUUUUCAACUCCCAAGCAAAAGUUCGCAUCCUAAUAACAACUAUUCCACCAAAUAUGAGAAAGAGCGAGCCAAAUAUGUUUCCAGAAGCCAAAGUAAUGCAUGGACAUCUGGCGGCUAUCAGACAUACGCGCUGGUUUGAAGAAAAUGCGCAUCAUUCAUCAAUAAAAGUGCUUAUUCGCAUUCUUAAGGAUCUCACAAAACGAUUUGAGGCUUUCUCACCCCUGUCACCUUGGAUGUUAGAUUUGAUGGCGCAUUUGACUAUAAUGAACAACCCUUCCAGACAAGCAUUACCAAUAAAUCUCGCAUUUAGACGGGUAUUUCAACUAUUGUCGGCUGGACUCUUCUUACCUGGAUCUGCUGGUAUUACUGACCCUUGUGAGCCUGGUCAUAACCGAGUACAUACAGCAAUGACUUUGGAAGAACAAGACUCCUGCUGCAUGACUGCUCAAACCUUGUUACGCGUAUUGGCUCAUGGUGGAUACAAACAAAUUUUGGGGAUUGAGGGCAAUUCGAAUAUUGUUAAAGAAAUGUCAGUGUGGAAUGGUGUAGUUGUAUCGCCACUUGAACGCGUUUAUGAAAAACCGGCUGAUAAAAAAGACGGAGAUGGUGAUGAAGACAUGGAGACUGUGGAAAAUGAUAAUGUAAUGGAUGAAGAUUCAGCCGAUCAAUAAAAUACAUACGGAAAGUGUAUAAUUUUGAUUGACAUACCCUAUUUAAAAAUGUAUUAUUAAAUGAAGAGGUAAAAUAUAAUUGUAAUUUUAUUGGUUUUAGGA